UCCUGAUAAAAGAACUCCCACCAAACGCUGCAACCAAACAGCCGUGUUCUUCCACCAAAGAACCCGACAAACAAUUCACAAAUCGCAAAACAGAAUUGCAGCGCCAACAGCGGCUUCCCACAGCUGCACACCGCCGCUUCCAGUCUUGACACACCCGUACAGUGCGCCGUCAGCCACCUACUGCCUUUCCCGCACUCAUCCCAGCGACACUGCUCCGACGUUGCAGCACCUCGCAACCCACCGCUCAGCACUCAAAACAGCUCGGGUCCACCGCCUGCUACCUUCAGCCACCGCGCCAACCCACGGAGGAUAGCGCAGCACCCCCGCACAGCGUUACCACGAGCGUCCACCUCGUCGUCGAUCACCACUUAGCACAGGACUAUUUAAUUGCAACCUCGUUGAUUUUUGUUUGUAUUACUGCUACGAACAAUGCUUACUGGACUCAAGUUCAUUCCCCGUGAUAAGAUUGAGAAAGCACAAGAUGAUGAUCCGAAUGAUUCUAUAAAGGAGAGGAAAAAAUCAGGUAGUAGAAAGGAAAAACAUAGGGUGAAAGGAAAGAGUUCUAGGUACAGUAGUAGUUCGGAUGAUGAAGAUGUUGAGAGAAUUAGUAAACGGUCUAGUAAGAAGAAGAAGAAAUGGUACUCAUCGGAUGAGUAUUCUUCGAGUGAAAGUGAAGGGAGUUCGGAUGAAGAAGAAAUGAGGGAUCGGGAUAAGAGAAAGGGUAGGAGGAAGCAUAAGAGAAGCAAUGAUGAUGCUUUGGGGGAUGAGGAUAGUGAUAAGACUGAGAAGAGGUCGAGACGUAAGGAAGAUGGGAGGAGAAAGAGCAAGGAAAGAGGGGGUCGAGAGGAUGCUGCUGGAGAGGGCUUGUCUGAUGGUGGGAGAGAAACUACUAAUUCCUUGAAAGAAGAGAUGGAAAUUGUGCGAAAAGAAAUGGGAUUGGAAUGGAUGCUUAGGCCUGCGGAGAAGAGGGACGAAGGGCCUGUAAUGACUGUUGACAACCAAUCAGAGGAAGCUCCCACUGAGGAGAUGAGGAAGGCAAAUCCCAGGGAAUUGAAUCCAUAUUUCAAGGAUGACGGUAGUGGUUAUCCAGAAGAGACUGAUGGGAGCAAAUCCAGUGGGGCCCAACUUUUGUCUUCUUCAGUUGUUGGAGAUGGAGGUGCCAGCUGGAGACUCAAAGCGUUGAAGCGUGCACGAGAACAAGCAGCUCGAGAAGGGCGAAGGCUUGACGAGGUUGUUGAAGAACGGUGGGGUUCUCUUGGUCAACUGACUGUUUCUGUAGCAUCUCGUAGAGCUGCUCCUUCUCAUGCUCAUCUACAUGCAAUAAAAGAUAGAAAGAGAGGGCUAACUGAGGAACGGUCAACAGGUUCAGGCAAAGAAAGUCAGAUGGAUGUCAAAAAGGAACCUUGCCAUUCUCUUAAUAAUGAUGUGCACUACUUGAAGGAUGUAUCUUUUCGGCAUCAUAAAAUGAGGGAGCCAAAAGUUCAAGAUUCUUUAUCCUGGGGAAAACGGAAAAGUCAAAAUCUGUCUUCUAAGGAUGCUGGGCUUAUCUCAGCUGCAGUAUCUAGUAUAAAUAAGUUUUCGAAUGAUGGAAACUUUAUGCAUGAAGUAUUUCAGCAGCAGAAUAAUGAUCCUGGUGGUUUUGUUGAGUCAGAAUCUGUUUCAUCACGAAUGAGCCAAUCUAGUGAAGGUAGUGUGCCGGAUAAUGAUGGAUUAAGUGCAAACCAGUUGGCAGCUAAAGCUCUUCAGCUUCGUAUGAAAGGAAAGCAUGAAGAAGCUAAUAAACUUCUACAAGAAGCAGAGAAGAUUAGGGCAAAACAAGGGGCUGGUGAUAAUUCAAUUAGACAACAGAAUAAGGGAAGCUCAAGCAGAUAUAUUAUGAAGGACAGAUCUGUUCGACAAAAGAAGGAUGAGGAUGAUGCUGAUAUUCAUCUAGCUCGAAAGAUAAUGCAGAACAAACAAUAUACCACGCAUGGUCAAGCAGAUUAUGAGUAUGACUUUGAAGAUGGGCCUAGCAGGAAAGCUCAGCAAAAGGGUGGAGGUAAUGAGCAGAAGGUUAAGCAGAAUAUGUCCCGUCUGUUAACUCAACAAGAGCGCUGUGUUUUUUGCUUUGAGAAUCCAAAUAGGCCAAAACAUCUUGUUGUGUCGAUAGCGAAUUUCACAUACCUGACGUUGCCACAUAGGCAGCCUGUGGUGCCUGGUCAUUGCUGCAUUGUACCGCUGCAGCAUGAAUCGGCCACGAGAACUGUUGAGGACAACGUGUGGGAAGAAAUUCGCAACUUCAAGAAAUGCCUUAUUGUGAUGUUUGAUAAGCAAGAGAAGGAUGUAGUGUUUCUUGAAACAGUGAUGGGGUUGGCACAACAUCGCUGCCAUUGUUUGAUCGAGUGUAUUCCUUUGCCCCGAGAAAUCGCCGAAGAGGCUCCUUUAUACUUUAAACAGGAAAUUAAUGAAGCUACGAGUUGGUGGAGCCAACAUAAUGCAAAGACGCUUAUUGAUACAAGUGAAAAGGGAUUGCGUGGUUCAAUUCCGAAAAACUUCCCGUAUUUCCAUGUUGAAUUUGGUCUAGAUAAGGGAUUCGUCCAUGUAAUUGAUGAUGAGAAACUGUUUAAAAGCAGCUUCGGCCUUAAUGUGAUAAGAGGCAUGCUAAAAUUGCCAGAGGAAGACAUGCACCGUCGCCGAAGGGGGUAUGAUUCCGUUGAGGUUCAAAGGGAAGCAGUUAAAAGCUUUGUCCAAGACUGGGGACCUUUUGAUUGGACAAAACAGCUUCACUAGGUAUCAUGACAAUGUUAAGCCCCAUUGUGAUUUGCCUGUGGUUUACAUCCCCCGUUGUGGUUGGCCUGUGAUACUUGCUUGGGGCCGUGAGAUCUUAUUGCACAAUUGACCGACACAUCUAAAUAGCCCUUACAGAGCCCUGGCGUCAUAUAGUUCUGCAUUCGCAGUGUAAUUUAACCUGAAUUUCACCUUGUAUUAAUCUGAUGCAGCUGUCUUGAAAUUGUUCAGUUCAAAUCA